AUGAACCGUUCUCGGAAAAAAAUUUAUACAGAUUUUGUCCUGGAACAUAGUUCAGAUCAACGGAAACUAUUUAACGCUGCUAAGUCUCUCUUUCAUCAGAGAAAUGAUCUUAAUAGUCCCGCAUAUGAAGACCAGAUUAUGUUAGCUAAUGAUAUUGGAGAAUUUUUCGUGCAGAAAAUUGAAAACAUUCGAAGUGAACUUGAUUUGUCAGCUUCAGACUUCGAUGAAUCUAUUGCAUUGAAUGCCUGCUUUGAUUCAUUUGAGCAAUUAAGUGAAGAAGACGUAAAAAAUUUGAUAACUAAAUCAAAUGGGAAAACUAGUUCAUUGGAUCAAAUGCCGACUUCGAUUGUCGUACAGUGUCAAGAUAUUCUUCUUCCUGUUCUUACAAGGAUGAUGAACAUGUCAUUAGAUUCUGGUGUUUUUCCUCCUGAAUGGAAGGUAGCGGAUGUUUAUCCGUUACUUAAGAAAUCGAAUUUGGACACUUGCACUGCUUUUGAAAACCUUAGACCUGUUAGCAAUCUGUCGUACGUAUCGAAGCUUACUGAACGUAUACAGUCUUCAAUCAAACAAACGAUUUUCUGA